CUCGCUUACGGCUUCAGAUCCGCGGUGCGUGAGCCCCGGCGGACUCCGGGAGACUGAUUUUCUGUGGGGCUGUGAGGCCAAAGAUAACCUUUAUCAGAAAGGAUGGAGUUGGGAAAAGGAAGACUUCUCAGGACUGGACUGAAUGCAUUGUAUCAAGCAAUACACCCAAUUCACGGCCUUGCCUGGACUGAUGGAAAUCAGGUAGUCCUGACUGACUUACAGGUUCAGAGUGGAGAGGCCACGUUUGGAGACUCAAAGGUCAUUGGACAAUUUGAACAUGUGUAUGGGGUGUCCUGGGCCCCACCUGGUACAGCUGAUACACCUGCUCUGCUCGCUGUCCAGCACAAGAAGCAUGUCAUUGUGUGGCAACUGUGUCCUAGCACCUCGGAUACAGGCAAAUGGCUGAUGGCUCAGAACUGUGAGAUAAGACAGUCACUCCCUGUCCUUCCCCAGGGCUGUGUGUGGCACCCAAAAAUUGCUGUCCUGACUGUGUUGACUGCACAGGAUGUCUCCGUUUUCCAUAAUGUCCACUGCAACAGUUCCCAGGUAAAAGUGGACCUCAACACCCAAGGCCUCAUUCACUGUGCGUGUUGGACCCAGAAUGGCCAGAUGCUGGUGGUGGCAGUAGGCAGCAGCCUGCAUUCUUAUAUUUGGGACAGUGCUCAGAAGGCUCUUCACAGGUGCUCCUUCUGCCCAGUGUUUGAUGUGGACAGCCACGUGUGCUCCAUCGGAGCCACUGUGAACUCAGAGGUUGCUAUAGCCACUGAGCUUCCACUAGGUAAGAUUUGUGGCUUAAAUGCAUCUGGAACCUUUGACGUUGCCCCUAGUGGUGAAGACACUUGUUCAUAUACUUUACCAGUUACUGAUGAAGUUUCCUCUGUGGAUAACGACGCAGUCGCUUCUGAAUCAAGUUCUGAAACACCGGUUUCUCCCUUUUCUUCAUCCUUUUCUGAUCUUCUGGAUCUAACUCAUAUACACUUCAGCAGAUCUAAAUCUGAGGGUAGUUCUCUUAUUUGUCUAAGAAAAAAGGACUAUUUGACGGGAACUGGCCUGGAUUCUUCACAUUUGGUCUUCUUGAACUUUGAGAAAGAGGUUACGCAGAACAGGAAAGUCACCAUUCCGGGCAUUCUGGUUCCUGAUCUAAUAGCAUUUAGUCUUAAAGCACAGGUAGUCGCAGUGGCUUCCAAUACGUAUAAUACAAUUUUUAUCUAUUCUGUCAUUCCAUCAUUUAUGCCAAACAUCCGGCAGAUUCAGUUAGAGAGUAAUGAAAGACCAAAAGGCAUAUGUUUCUUGACAGAUAAAUUAUUAUUAAUUUUGGUAGGAGAACAAAAACCCACUGAUUCAGCAUUUCUUCCUUCUUCAAAGUCUGAUCAGUAUAUCCUUCGUUUGAUUGUUAGAGAAGUGAUGUUGGAAGAAGAAUCUCCAGUGACGUUGAGUGAAAACCAGAGUGGUUACUCUGCUCUCAGUACUGUGUUAAACCAAGCAAAUAAAAAGCUAAUUGAAAGUCUUUCCCCAGAUUUUUAUCACCAAAAUGGAGGGCUCUUGUUAACAGCUAAUAGCAGCAAUCCAAGUAGGAAUCCUGGAAGAACCCUUAUUAAAGAAAUCAAAAGUCCUCCAUCCAGUAUCUGUGAUGGCUCCACAGCCCUAGAAACUGCAGGUGCCGGACCUGUUAACCAGCCAGUAACACUGCCCAGACCCAGCGGCACUCCAGACCACACCAAGACCCCAGAACCUACUAACUUACAAAGGGAAAAGGAAAUUUAUCAGCUGUCUAAAGAACUGAAAGUUUUAUCCAGGAACCUAAAUGAAGUGCAGCAAUGUCUUUCUGAGCUCACAGACUCUCUACAGAAUGGAAAGAAAUCCUCUCCUUCGUAUCCACUCUCUCCGGAUCUACCGUAUGUUCACAUCACUUGCCAGAAGUCUUGUUUUGUAGGUCCUGUUGUUGGAAAAAGAGACGUCCUUCUCUGCAAUGGCAAAUUAAGACUCAGUACACUUCAGGAGACUUUUGGCCUAUCACUUAUUGAAAUGCUGCAUGGCUCCCACUGGAUCCUUCUCUGUGCUGAUAGCGAAGGCUUCAUCCCGUUAACUUUCACAGCCACACAGGAAGUAAUCAUAAGAGAUGGCAGGUCAGAUGUCUUUAGAGACUCUGUCUGAGACUCUUGAUCUUGGUCCUUGAAGUUUGUAGAGACCUCUAGCCCAUAGUAUACAUACUAGCGGCUGUCUUAACCAUUUAGGCAGUGUGGCCUGAUACUUGUUUGCAGAGUAUUUGCUGAGUAGCCCUUCAGAUGAGGCCAUUACAAACAAGAUCUGUUUUCCGAGGCGGACUCUCCCCAGCUGGGAUUUGCGUUCAGAGGUGAAGCACUUGCCAUGGUUGGCUUGGCCACUUUUCUCCCUUGGGGCUGACGCUCCCUGCUCUGCAGCAGAGCCCAGUCUUUGUUAGAUGGCACAGAAAGUGGUUAGUUAUGUAUUCAUGACUAUGUGGUUUUGUCUAAGGGCAGAAUUCCCAGCACAAAACAAUAUUAUGGUGCCAUAUGGAUUGUGUUUUAUGGUUUCUCUGAGGCUUUCUGUCCCUUGCCCAAAAUGGUAUUAAAGCUCUUAGAAGCACUUAAAAGAUACCUCAGCAUUGUUGUAGAUCUUUUUCUUGGCUUGAGUGUGAAGAGUGCUGGAGAACAUCUGCUCCAGCAUCUUUUUACCCUAAACCAGCAGGAAUUGGCAGAGUUCAAAGUAAGACAAAAAAUCGGUUGACUUCUCCUCCUAGUGCUUCCUGGAACAGGAAGUAGCUCUAAUGUUGACUGGACCUCAGGAUUUAAACCUAACCCUUUCGCUUCCCUAGAAAGUUCUUGCCAACAGCCGUCCAGAUACUCGUAAAACUGGCCCUGAGCAAGUUUCAAAUGAAAUUUAAAUGCUUUGGCUCCCUCUGGGUCCCACUUGUGUGUGUCCUGAUGUUACUGAUGUGGGGCCUAUGGCAUGAUUUUGUGCUGUUGCCCCUAAUGAUUUUCUCCCUGGUAGGUUCCCCCCCUCCCUCACUUUAUGGAUCAUAAAAAUACCCUGUUUCUCUCCCAGUAAUCAACUCCCUUAGUUAAACUAUCGCUUUAAAUUUUGUUAUUUUUCUCCUCCCUUCCCUGCCAUUCAAAUCUUAGAGACCAGCAUAGAGUCUGUGAGAGAAAGUAUUUCAGAAAAUUAGAGGUUUCACUAAAUCUGAGAUAUUUUAUUAUAAUUAUGGGCUAAAGUGCCAGCUUAGUAUAGUGGAAAGAGCCCUGAUUCCAGGUUUGGAUGGACUCACAACUCCUCACUGCCUUCAAACAGAGUCAUAAACUUAAGUCACUGCAGCAUAACAAGUGGAUUGGCAUGUGGCUAGUCAGAGCACAUCUGCAGAUGAAUUUUUCUGCCAUAGCAGCUCAUAUGCAUAGGAGUACAUAUGCAUCUUUUCCCCAUUUUCUUUUAAAAUUUUCUGGAAAGAAGUAUUCUGUACCCUGAGGACUCCUGUCUGUCUGUUACAGUUUAUGAAGAUGGAGCUGGGAUAGGGAAGAAGCGAGGGCCCAUUUGUGGUUGAAACGCAUUAGAGAGAUGCUGGGAUAAUGGAAGUGGAGGCCACUUGUCUGUAAUCAGUCGCCUGAGAGCAGUGGCUGAGUGGUCUGAGGCCUGGCUCCAUUCUCAAGGGAAGUGUCCGGCGUAACAUGUAACUGAAGCCUCAAGAGGGGGCUUGGUCGUCCCUGUAGUAAGAUCAGUGUGGGUGCCUCCAAGUGUACAUUUUAAUCAUCAUUUCAUGAGUCUUCAAUAAAAUCACUAAUGGUUGUUUUGGCUGCUGUGAACGUUUUGAUGGUAUUUUUGUGAUUGUUGUGGUAUAGACGAACAUUCUUGAUUUUACGUAUGUGUAUGUUGUAUUUCUUCUGCUGGACAGUCCAGAAUAUAAAUUAUUCUUUACAGCAAAUCUGAUUCCAUGACAACUCUCAAAAAAAAAGAUGUUUCCUUGGCCUCUACUGUUUAUAGUCUUUGGAAUAAUAGAAGAUAAUUCAGUAUUGGUUUUGGAGACAGGGAGAGAAGAGCUAAAUUCUUUAAAUUAUUCUUUAAUGUUAUAUUGAGAAUAUUUGGGGGGAAAAAAGACAUUAUUUACAAAUUCCAUUUUGUGCCCAAAUUUUUCUAAAUUUUGUAUUGGUAUUAUUUCAGAAGUGCAGUAGUUGUAUAGGAGGGCUGAAUAAAAAGUGAACCACGUACCACCUAAUUUAAGAACCAGAACAUUAAUAGAAACCAUUCAAGUCCCCUGGGUAGCCCUUCUGGAUGCUUCUCCAUAGAGGUAACUCCACCCCAGAGGCAACUAUCUCUUGAUUGUUGUAAUUAUCAUUUCUUCAUUCCUUUCCUUUCUUUUUGAAAGGAUUUUCACCAAAAUCACAUGUAUACAUUGGCCUAAACAAUGUAAUGGUUAUUUUCCCUUGUUUUGGAGCUUUAUACAAUGGUAUUUUACUGUAUAUACUUUUCUACAGCUUGUCUUUUUUUUUUCUCAGUACUGUUUGUAGGAUUUAUACUUGUUAUGUGUAUGUUCCACUGCUUUCAUUGUUUCGAGUUACCACAAUUUAUCCAAUUUCUUGCUGUGCACAUUUGGAUUAUUCCCUGGUUUUAUUUUUGCAAUUAUAAACAGUAUUGCUUGUUAAAUGUCACCUGAUGCAGGUGUUUGAAAAGUCUAAGGGCUCUUACCUAGACAUGAAAUUGCUGGAGCACAGGGUGUAUGUAAAUUCAAAUUAUUUUCCAAGGUAGCGUGGACUGAAGUAAAAUGCACAACCUAUAAGUUGAGAGUUAUGUUUUAUUCGGCAGACUUUGAGGACUCGAACCUGGGAGGCAGCCUUUCAGAUUGCUUUAAGAAACUGUUCCAAAGUGGCAGGGGAGGCGCCAGGACAUAUAGGGGUUUUGCCACAAAGACUAGGUAGUCAGAACCUCAAAAGAUGACUGUCAAUUAAAGAAAACCGGAUAUCUCAAGUUAAGGAAUUUAAUGCUUUUCUUUGUAUGGGAAGGUGCAAAGUUCUGGGCUCAUUGAAAUCAUUCUUUUGAUAUGCACCUAGCUAACUAGGGCCAGCAUCCUGUUCUUUCCAUCCUGACUUCCCUCAGGGUGCACUGUUGUGGGUGGCAGCAGAGCCCGGGGCUGCCUACUUGUCUGUAUCCUGAGUUCCUUCCAUUCACUGUCGGGGGUGAUGGUAACAGCUGAUGACUUGAUGGCCACAGCAUCCUUUCUUUACUGAUAUGGCUGGCACUAUUGUUCAUUCACAGUGGUUAUGUCAAUCUUCACUCCCAACAGCAAUGUUAUCAGAGCUCCUAUUGUUCUAUAGGCUUAAGGCUUCUUAAUUUAUGACCCUCUAGUAGUUCCAAAUGGUUUCUCAUUGUGAUCCUAAUCUUUAUCAUAAAAUUGAGCAUCAAUUUAUUGGCCAUUCCAGUUUUCUCUUU